AUGGCCACCUCGCUUCUUGAGUACCUUACCCAGCCUAACCCGGUAGUUGACAACAGCCUUCAGGCUCGCAACCUGCAGAGCAUCUACCCUCUCCUAAUCAACCAUCUCCUCAAUAUCCUACUAAAGAAGAAAUUACUGGGAUGUGCUGGAUACCAGAGCGGUCUAGGUGGCAGUACCGAACAAGACGUGGCUCUGUGGGUCUCAUACGCCACGGAGUUCCGAUCCGGAGUAGUGAUGGAGGUUAUUAUUACAUACGACGGACAUGCGAAGGAGGUUCUCAAUGGGUACGAGCCGAAUCCGAAGAAGAGGAAGAUGAAGAGGAAGAGGAAGACGACGACAGUGAUGAAAAUGAGUCUAGCAGGUAUCUUCCUCCGGCAUCUAGUAAGUAUCGGAGGUAUUAAGACUAUCACGAGCCUGGUGUUCCACUUAUUUGUGUCUCUUUUUUGA